GCCAUGUUGCGUUGUUCAUUGCGUGAGGAGCUGUGUCUUCGAAGUAGGACUUGUACGACCAGUGGAUAGGAUUCCUAGGGAAGAGUGGACUAAUUAAGGCGUGUCUUUGAUUAAAUCUGCUGCCUGACAUGAUUUCUACAGCCAGUGGUCCUUAGACUAGGUAACAUGUAAUUGUUGCAGAUCGUCGUGCUAGUCAUCGUCUAUAAGAUAAUGCCUGUGACAGGUGCGAUAAGCACAGAGAACAGACUGUAUAUUAUAAGCCGCGACGGCUCUGGUGAGGCUUACUAUCUCAAACUUAAUCCGGAUGGGUCUGAUGUAGGGAACUACCUAGUACACGCAGAAAAAUGGCCGCUCUGUGAAAACGUCACCGAUUUUGGCGCUGCAGUGAUAGAUGAGGUCUUGUACAUCGUCGGCGGCUACGAUCAGAAAAGUAAAAAAUGCAUGAAAAGAUUGCUGAGGUACGACCCUUCGGACGGCUCAUGGACACAGAAAGCCCCUCUGUUCCUCUCCAGAUGUCAAUGCGCUGUGUCCGUGUGGGACGGACAGCUCUACGUCAGUGGUGGUCGAAAGACGGACGGACAGACAACUGGCACGUGUGAGAUGUACAACCCCGUCACAGACACCUGGACUAAGGCUGGAUUACUGCGCUCCCCCCGGGCUGGCCACGCCACAACUCCCGUGGGCCAGGACUUGUUCUGCAGCGGGGGAAGCCAGAGGGGCGACAUCUGCAAUAAUAUCUGGGUGCACGAAGGUAAAAAGUGGGAGGAGCUUGACAGACAUUAUCCUCAGAAGUUACCCCUGUCAAUCAGCGGUCACGUGAUGGAAGAAGUGGACAAAACCUUAUACAUCGCCGGAGGCGUCCACUCAGAGGAGACGGAUGACGGCCAACCCACUGAGCCUGUCACCAACCGCCGGACCGUAGGGUUUUACCCUCUAGUCCCCACCCUAGAGCAUUCGUCAGAGAUGGAGCUGUUCUCUCCGUGGAUCCAUACCCUACCGGACAUGAACUUUCCCCGCUACAACGCUGCCAGUACAGUGCUCGGUCAUCGCAUUUACGUGUUUGGUGGGUCACGUGUCGAGACGGGAGAAGAGGUGAAAACGUGUGAAUACCUCGACACCAGGGAGCGCAAAUGGUGCGUCGGCCAUAAAUUCAAGAAAGUCAAGUUCUCGAAUGUGUGCUGCGCGAAGAUGAAGGUUACCAUACUGCCGGAGAUACCUGACACGCCCACGGAGUAUAAAUGGGUGCUUUGGUGACAGGACACGCCCACUAAGUAUAAGUGGGUUCUGUGGUGACGGGACACGCCCACUAAGUAUAAAUGGGUUCUGUGGUGACAGGACACGCCCGCGGAGUAUAAGUGGGUUAUGUGGUGACAGGACACGUCCUCCGAGUAUAAAUGGGUUCUGCGGUGACAGGACACGUCCAUCGAGUAUAAGUGGGUUCUGUGGUGACAGGAAACGUCCACCGAGUAUAAGUGGGUUCUGUGGUGACAGGACACGUCCACCGAGUAUAAGUGGGUUAUGUGGUGACAGGACACGUCCUCCGAGUGUAAAUGGGUUCUGCGGUGAC